CUGGCAGUUCGUCUACGGUCUGAAAAUAGGAUCAGAAAGGAAUACAUGUACCUCUGUCCAUCAGCAACACUACUAUUUGGUCUCGAAUAUGAAGUUAACAAGAGAAGAAACUGUAUAUUUUGUUAUCCUCACUGUAGCCAUCUUGUCUUCUGAAAGAGUAAAAAGUCAGGGAUCCUCCCCCACAUGGCACAGACUAGAUGAUGCAGUCUAUCUAGUGGAGAGCUCCACCGUGCUAUCAUUCGACCAGGCGCAGUCUCGGUGUCAAGAAUACGAAUCAAAUCUGGCCAAAGUUGACUCCGAUGAGAUCCAGGCUUUCUUGACGACAUUCGUCACCCCUCCGCUCCAAGAUACCAGAUGUUUUAGGAUUGGUGCAACUGACAGAGUGGAAGAAGAUCAGUUUAAAUGGCUUGAUGGAACAUUAGUGACAUAUGACGGCUGGGCACCAAGUCAACCAGAUAACAACGGAAAUAAUCAAGACUGCGCAUGUCUCUGGUCUAGCAGGAGAGAAGACAUACAUGGACAAUGGGAUGAUGAUAGGUGUUCAUCUAAGAGGAACUUCAUUUGCCAAAGAGGACUUUACGAUUUCGAAUUCAUAACCCCCCGAACCAAUCCGGGAUUCGCUCUGGUCUACUGCGCCGUCGACGUUGAUUCCGAAGGAGAAACACUGUUUCCUGAUGAUGUCAAGCUGUCCAUCGGUCAAACACUUUCGUCCUCGAGGCCGAUUUCCUUCUCAUCCACAAGCCGCGAUGGUGAAUUCCGUAAUAACAGUUACCUCCUAGGCAACCUAAGCGAUACUGACCAGAUUUUCUGUUACGUGGGCGAGUUACCGAGUCAGUUGGACUCCUUUUCACUUGCUACUCUUUCUCCAGAAUUUAAUUUUUAUGCUUUACCACAACUCACCACCGGCCCAAUACCAGGAGAAAUCACAUCGUCAUCAAUCGCUGUCUUCUGGAGCCAUUGGACAUCAUCUUUUGACUCCGGUGAUGGACCGGUUGUUGGUUACCUCGUCUAUCAGCAACCUGCCGGGGAGGACUGGACAGAGGCCGGUGGAAUAGACUCAGGAUUGGAAGAUGGUGAUCCCAAACGAAUCAUCGAGUUUUUAUUGACUGGGUUGGACCCUGGAACUGAAUAUAACAUCAGUGUUUCUGCCGUCAGAGAAGGUUCGGGUGGAGAAGGUCCGAGGGGUCCUCUUGUGUCUGUCAAAACUACUUCGUAUGAUGGCAGUGCCUUUCAGGAAGACUCUCGUCGCGUUUGGAUUGCUUUAUUUCUGGUUUCAUUUCUCGGAAAUCUCAUUCUUCUCGCUGUUCUUUUGAUUAUAUGCAAGUGGAAGCAGAAGAAGCAGGACCUGUCUCACUUACGUGCUGCCCCAAUAAGAGCAGGGGGAGGAGGAGCAAGAGGAAGCGACCCAAAGAGCUCCCAUUACGAGCUACCUCAACAAAGUGGAGUCAGGCACGAAUACCAGGGUCUUAAGGUGACUGGGAGCAGCGCUGAUGAAUACCAAUGUCUUAAGAUGACUGGAAGAAGCGCUGAUGAGCAGGUAUACGCCGACAUCGAAGAUCCAGAAAAAAACUACAUCAAUAUCCCUUCUUAAAGACAUCGGAUACCAUUUUACUACUAAUAAAAAUAACAAUGAAAUUCCGAUUUCAUAUAGCGGUUAUACAUCGGAGCGGCAUCUCUAAGCGCUUUAUAGAUACUGUACUAUUACCCCGGUCAUCGGAUCCUGGCAUACCCGCACUUUCUUGACUCCAUGGUCAUGCUCGUGAGCAUUGGGAUUUCAAAAAUCGUUUUUAUUUUCAAUUUCUAUGCAAUACUACAUAGGCUUUUGCAUCCUACCGUAUAUCUCUUUAACAGCUGGAUGGAGAGCGACAUAGUUUGGGUCGAUGCCUUGCCAAAGGACGCUAGGCCGCGGUGGGAUUCGAACACUUGGCCAUCUGAUAACAAGGCGAGAGUCAUGCAGAACCUGCUACACCACGACGCUUCCGUUAUAAAGGCCUUAAAUCCAGAACCUUGAAGUGUGUUGUAUUUAAUAUAGGUGGUAUGGAUAACAAAAGGACCAUGGAAGAAGAAAUGUCGUGAAGACACUUUCAAGACAGCAGAUCUCGGGAAAAAUCAGUAAAAUGAAAAGAACAUUUCGAAUGAAAAUACCUGUGACUGAAAAAAAAAAUAAUGUGAUUCAUUUACUGGGGAGUAACAAAUACAUUUUAUGGAAUAAAGUUGGGAAUGGUGUUUCCACUCACUUCAUGUUUUACUUCUUUAAAGUGAUUGGCUAACAUUGAUUUGAAUUUUAAGACAUCUGCGCUAGAAGGUCACACUUGUCACCUGUGUCUGUGACAUGUUACAAAAAUGAAGCCCAGAAAAAAUCGCGUCCGAAAAUCAUUAAUUAGUGCUUUAAAAAGUGAAACAUAAAGUGACCGGAAACACCAUCUUAAUUUCAUCCCAUACACUUGUGUGUUCUAUUUAAGUGUAUUUAAGACGCCUAAUUACAAAAUCAGGGUUUGCUUUGUAUUUUUAGCUUUUCAUUCUCAAUAAUGGUUGUUUUCAGGUUUUUUUAGUUCUAGUACAUGUUAUACAUGUUUCAUCUUGGUUUGAGAAUUUUUUAAAUCGACUGCUCACAAAGUUAAAUAAUACCUUUAAAGCACUAAACAAUAAUUUUCAGGUGCAGUUUUACGUGUGUGUGUGUGUGUGUGUGUGAGUGUGGGUGUGUGUCUGGGCUUUGGUUUUACAAUAUAUUACUGACACAUGUGACAAAUGUUAACUUGCGGCUCAGAAUUUUUUUAAGUCAAAUCAGUUUUUACUAAUUCCUUUAAGUACAACAUUAGCAAUUCACGUUGCAUAUUCCUGAGGCAUCAUGUACAUGUAGGUCUAUGUAUAUUCGUGAUAUUGAUCCAUCUAUGAGUGUUGCCGUAGACUUCUUUCUCUUGAUAAGCCUCCCUAAAAAUAAUUACACUCGCGGUCAUUAAUUUCUUUCCAAACUAUACUCUUGAAUGCAUCGUUCAUAUAAUUAUACAUGAUUAUUUGUUAUUACUCAACUACUUUCAUAUAUUUAUUGGAUUGUUACAUUCCAAAUAUAAUUUGAAUUGCAGUUAUCUUCAUGAUUUAGAAACCUACAGACUGAAUUUAUUUUUAUUUUACUGUAAUGUUUUCAAAUAUUAAAGUCAAAUGAAAUAAAUUUGAGAAGUACAUUUCA